AUGAGAGCUCUCCAAAUAAUCCUCUUCGUGUAUCUUGGAAUUUCUGCAGUUUGUUUGAUUAAGGUACCAAAUAAAUAAUACCUUCAAGCACAACUAAAAAACAUGCUUGAUCAGUCGCCAGAUUCUGGCGCAGUAACUUAAGCUCCUGCAGCAACUAAUUAAGCCCCAGUGACUACAUCUGAUUAAUCAUUAACUCCAGUACCUACCACUAAUGGAGCUGCAGGUGCUACAACUGUAGCAGCUUCUGUAACAACCUAAGCUCCAGUCCCAGCAACUACAAAAACUGCUAUUAUUACUAAUGAUGUUGAUAAAGAUCUCACUGUAUCAGAUGAUGUAGUAAAAUCUGUUGAGGAAGGUAAAUUUGCCUUUUUCUUAGUCUCUGACAAAACAUCAGUAUAUGCCUAUGAUCCAAUUACAGGAAUGAAGAUCCAGACUAUAGUUAAGGGUCUCGUUAAUAUUGCAGAUGUUGCCAUCGACAAAGAUAGAAAUUAUCUUUUUGUAGCAGAUCAAGUUGCAUUAGGAACUCCAAAUAAAGCCGUGGUAAUGAAAUAUCACUUAGGAGUUGAUGCAAAAAAUAGAUCUAAUGUCAUAAUUAGCGUCUUACCAAACUAAACUUAUCAAGUAUAUUCAGGUGAAAGAAUCACUGGUCUUGCCGUUGACGACGAUGUGCAUGCUAUUUUUGUUGCAGAUUCAGACAAAAAGUAAAUCAUCGCAUUAGGAUUCAAAGAUAGGACUAAACCAAGCGGUAUUUCUAAGAUUCUCUACUAAAAUUUACCUUAAUUAUCAAAUCUCUAAGGAGUUGCUUGUGAUGAAGAUCAUGAGCUAGUCUUUUGGGGAAAUAUCAAGGAUGGCGCUAAAAAUGGAGGAGUCGUACAAGCAUCAUACUCUGGUGAUGCUAAGUCAGUCAAAACACUUAAUAAUCUUGAUAUUGUUAAUGAUAUCGCAUUUGAAGAUGAUUAACUAUACUACAUAGCCAAUUCUAAUACUAUUUAUACUUAAGAUCAUGAGAAGAAAGAUACAAAGCCAAUUUUGGUUAAUGACAAAUUCUUCAGUAAUGCCUUCGCUAUCAACUCACUUGAUGGCUUCAUCUAUGUGACUGAUGAAAAGCUUGGAUUAUAUGUUAUUAAGACCUACGACGAAGACUAGCCAUUUGAUGCACCAAAAAAGAUUGAUGUAGGCGCAAGCAUUACCGAUUUAAGAGCCAUCACUGUUUUCAUUACUAAGGAUGCAUAUAACAUUAUGGUUAGCAUCUUCACACUCUCACUAGUAAUGACUUCAUUUAUCUUCUGA